AUGGCCUACCAUGCUUCUGUAUACAUCUUACUUCUCGCUGCCAUUUCUCAUGUCAUGAUAUCUGCAUCAGAACACCCAACAGUGUAUAUCAUUCGACAUGGUGAGAAGCCUCUUGACUCAACAGACAGUGGGUUGAGCGCAGAAGGUAUCGAACGGGCCCAAUGCAUUCGAGAUAUAUUUGGGGCAAACUCAAUCUACAAUAUUGGGCACAUCAUGGCGCCAAAAGUCAAUUCGAGGGGAGAACAUAGACGCUCUUACGAAACCGUCCUCCCACUAGCGACCGACCUCAAACUCUCCGUCGAUACAUCCUGCAAGCGGAACCGGGUCCACUGCGUUGGAAAGAAGGUUAGAAACUAUGAGGGAUCCGGCAACAUUUUGAUUUCCUGGCGACAUGGGAAAAUGAAACAGAUCGUCAAAGACCUGGGCUAUGAGGAUCCGCCUGAGUAUCCUGAAGACCGGUGA